CCUGUGUCGGAGUUGAAGAUCGGAGUGAUAAGCUAAAAAGAUAAACGCAAUGGAUAACAAAGAAAAGAAUUUCACCUCCGAAAAUGGAGAUUCAAGCUCAAAGACGACGCCGCAGACUGCUUCUAAGGAUGGUUCCAUUUGUGGGUUUGAUUCUCUCCACCGCCUUCUCCAAGCCUGCCUUAGCCCUCCACUUUUCCAGGAAGCAAGCCGCAUGCUUCUUGGCCUCAAUUGUGGACAAGCUCUUGAAACUAUAACUCUCCCUGACCCUGCCGCUGCUCUUGCUUCCAAGCAUGACUUUGAUCUUCAGGCAUACUAUUUGCGUGCUGAUAAGGAGUCUCUUAGAGAACCUCGAAUUGUCAGGGUUGGUCUUAUUCAGAAUUCAAUUUCCCUGCCAACUACAGCACCGUUUUCAGACCAGAAGAGGGCUAUCUUUGAGAAACUGACGCCCAUAAUCGAGGCUGCAGGUGCUUCAGGGGUUAAUAUAAUAUGCUUGCAAGAGGCAUGGAUGAUGCCGUUUGCAUUUUGUACUCGUGAAAAGAGAUGGUGUGAAUUUGCAGAGCCCUUUGACGGGGAGUCAACACAGUUUCUUCAGGAAUUUGCGCGAAAAUACAACAUGGUUAUUGUGAAUCCGAUUCUUGAGAGAGACAUAAAACAUGGGGAGACCAUUUGGAAUACUGCUGUAAUUAUUGGCAAUCGUGGGAACAUCAUUGGGAAGCACCGGAAGAACCAUAUACCAAGAGUUGGGGACUUUAACGAGAGUACGUAUUACAUGGAAGGGAACACUGGUCAUCCUGUUUUUGAAACAGUUUAUGGAAAGAUUGCUGUCAACAUAUGUUAUGGAAGGCACCAUCCUCUCAACUGGUUAGCAUUUGGAUUGAAUGGGGCAGAGAUUGUCUUCAACCCUUCAGCUACUGUUGGUGAACUCAGUGAGCCUAUGUGGCCAAUUGAGGCUCGUAAUGCUGCAAUAGCAAAUAGUUACUUUGUGGGUUCAAUUAAUCGUGUUGGGACUGAAGUCUUCCCCAAUCCAUUCACUUCAGGAGACGGAAAGCCUGAGCAUGCAGAAUUUGGGCAUUUCUAUGGUUCUAGUCAUUUUUCUGCACCAGAUGCGUCAUGCACGCCAUCGCUAUCUCGCUUCAAGGAUGGAUUAAUGAUAUCGGACUUGGACCUGAACUUGUGUAGACAACUGAAGGACAAGUGGGGAUUCCGGAUGACUGCUCGGUACGAACUGUAUGCAGAUUUACUCGCUCGUUACGUGAAGCCAGAUUUCGAGCCUCAAGUCAUUUCUGAUCCCUUGCUACAUAAGAGCGCAUAGACAUAAUACAUUGCUGGAGAUUUAAA